AUGCUUCAAGCACUUGUUAAUCUCGAUUAUUUACAUGAAGUAUAUGGAAAAUUGAAAGAGGGCCAUAUCAUCAGUCUCUCGAAUCAAACUAAAGCAAUCCGAGAUUAUGAAGCUUCUAAAGAAACCUUAAUAGAAUACUUAAAUAAGAAACAAAGGUACAAACAUGCUAAAAAUGAUAUUGAAUUGAUUAAGGAAACUUAUGAUUAUAGAAAUGUGAUUCAGGAUUCAACUAGAUUGAUUCUUUUGGUCCAUAGGUUUACUCGAGUUGAUUUAUUUCAAGAUUUGGAAUAUACUGGUGAAGAAUUGAAUGAAAUUGCAUUUAACUUUAUGCAUCAUAUAACUAAAACUUAUAUUGAAAAAGAUAAAGAUGAAUUGAAAGUGAUGUAUCUGGCUUUUGCAACUGCUUUUCAUCUUUCGAUCACCUAUGAGAAUCUCAUUAAACCAGGGAUUAAACAAAAACUAUAUGAACGUAAGGAAACUUCAUUUUUUGGAAGUGAUAAUUAUCAAUUUGAUGGUGAUUAUAAACAAGAAAUUACACUGCAUAAAUUAUGGGAGACAAUUGGUCACUUCCAACCUAAGUUUCAUGGUCAAAGUAUUCCAUCAGCCGAAAUCAACUUUAACAAAGAAACAUAUAGUUCAAUGUUUAUUUGGGAAUUUAGAUAUUUAGUAUUAAAAGCGGAAGCUAUUUGUUCAACUUCAAGAAAUUAUCCCUUUUAUAAUAAUAUCUUUAUGCCAAUGAAGAGAAUUGUUGAACCUUGUUAUGGGUAUAAGAUUGAAACAUCUAAAAUAGUUGAACUUGAAGUAGGUUCGGAAAAAUUUUCAAUCACAAUUGAAAAGUCAUUUAAUAUCAAUGAAGAAUAUUUAAUUCCUCUUAAAGUUUAUGAUGAUCUCACCAAAUCAUUCGAAAGUUAUAAUCCUUCAUCUAUCGGAGCUGACAAUGAUAAUUUACCUUUCAUAAAGAUCUUUUUUGAAUUAUUUAUUGAAUGUGUGGUAUGUAAGAGUCUGGUAGGAUUCGUAUCAGAUGCUUCAACUACAUUAUAUAUUAAAUUUCCUAGACACAAGAGUAUAAAUAAUGCUGGAAAAGGGUCUAUCUUUAAAAGUUUUCCAUGUGAAGUUACUCGCUUAUAUCUGAAUAAAGAUUUUCUUCAAUGUAUGGUGGAUGCAACUACUACUAUUACUGCUAAAGAUCAUAGUUAUCAAAUUGAAAAGAUAUUCUCCAUGUGUUGUUUAGCCAGCUCAGAUAUUCAAAAUACUACUAAUGGAUAUUUUAAACAGUUUCAUAAAUCAAUGAAAGAUUAUUCAAAACCAAAACCCGGUCUUCAAUCAUUGAUUACAUUAUCGUCAAAUCGAAUUCAUUCUAUGAACCCUGGAAUUAUUUCAUUUCCAUUGCUCGAUAAAUUCGAAAUUCCUGAAAUAUAUAAACAAUUCUAUCAACCUAAUUUCAAUCAACAAAUGGUGUAUCAAUUGAAGAAAUUAUAUGGAUCUGAUUUUGUAUUUGGAAAAAAAGAUACCGGUUUUGAUGUCCAUGAAGUAACUUCUUGGUUAGGUAGUGAAGGAAUUUAUACUCAUUAUGGAGUUGUGUUGAAGUUUUUAUGUGAACAAUGGAAGUAUAUUCUCAAAGUUUAUUAUCCUCUUGAUUGUCAAUCUUCAACAGGAUCGAAAUAUAAUUUAGAAGAUUCCAUUAAUGCCUGUUUUAUUUCAUUCAUGAAAGAAUGUUAUUCAUAUCAUGUUUUAAGUAAUGAAUCAUUCGUUCCUAAAGUUCACAAGGUUGGUAUUUUCAAUAAGGAACUUUUGAGAUCUCAUAAAUAUGACAGUUUAAGAGGAUUCUUUUUAGUAAUUGAUAAUGUUAAUGGUAAGACCCUUUCAUUUCCACAUGAAAGUAGUAAUCAAUAUAAAGAUAAAAUAAUUGAUACGACACAUAAAAUGCAUAGUCUUGGAAUUAGUCGUUCGACUGUCCCAGAGGGUAGUAUUCAAGUUAAAAAUGAUCAGGUUUUCUUUACUGAUUUUGGAUCUAGUGUGAUUAAUAUUAAAAAUUGUUUGAAUGGGUUUGAAAAUUUAACUUUUGAUAAGUCUGAGUUUGACGCUACUAAAGUGAAAGAAUUAGAAAUGAUUGAACUGUUAUUUCCUUCAUCUUUAGAGCAUAUCGAAAAACAUGACAUUGAGGAUGAUUUACCUGAUCCAAAGAGGAUUAAGCUUAAUUAA